AUGGCGAACUCAGAGACAGGAACGAGGACUAACAUUCUAUCAGGAGGUGAGUAUCAGGUCUUUCUGAAUUUUAGGGGGUGCGAUAUCCGUCGUGGAUUCGCCGACACCCUCUACCACUUCUUAGAUAGUGCCCAGAUCCGCAUUUUCAUGGAUGACGCUGAGAUUGGAGCGGGUGAAAUAAUUGGUGACAAGCUUAUGCAAGCGAUCAAUGAUUCCAAACUCUAUAUACCCAUCUUCUCUCCAAGGUAUGCAUCGAGUCAUUGGUGUCUCAUUGAGCUUGCGAGGAUGAUGGAGAACAUCUCUAUAUCUAAAGAAGAUGAGAAUAAGAAAGUAAUAUUACCCAUCUUUUAUGACGUGGAACCUGAAGAGCUCAAGCUGAAACCUGAAGAGCACAACCUGCAGAGGCCGUCAUAUCAUGACGCCAUAUUGAAUUUGGAGGAAAAGAAGGUGAAUCAGGAGAAGAAGUUCAGCACCGAGGAUGUAGACAGGUGGCGGAAGGCUCUCAGGGAAGUCGAUGGCAGCAAGGGGUUUAAGCUAAAGGAUCAUUUAGGGUAA